CCUUCGUUCCCUCGGGCUGCUGCCAGUGGGCGGUGAGGCAGCACCUCUGGCUUGUCUCUUGCGGGUUUCCCCAUGAGGGAGAAUGGCCUAGGGAAGAGGAUACUGUGAACAGAGAGGUGGGCAGGACCACAGAUGGAGGCUUUUAUCCCCGCAGCCUCCCGUAGGGCUCUGCUGCACUGCCCGAGGAUAGCAGGCAUGAAGGAAAGUGUCAGUGAAACCUGGGCCUGGCUCGCUAAGUGAGCUAGGAGGCCCCAUCCUGAAAUCCCUGUUACUUGGGCUCAUUGGACAGCUGCUGACUCCAAGGCCUGGAUUGGCCUGAUUCUGUCCCUGUUGUGUGGCCUCCUCUCCAUAACCUCCACCCCACUUGGUGUCAAAUAUACUCAGCAGGACCUGUGCAGCCCUGCUGCCCUCUGAUCACAGGUUGUGGUCCCCUCCCUCUUGUCCCACUCUGGACUCUGCCCCCAGUAAACAGGUCAGGUGGGUACUACUCCCAGACUCAGAAACUGGCAAAACAUUCCUGUGGACUCAUGCUCCUUCCGCUACUGCCACUUCACCCAAAGAUUCAGGGCCCAAAAUGAGCCCCAGUUGGGCAGCCUGUGUCUCUUCAGAGUUGGCAGUUCUGCUCCCCCACAAAGAAGUGUUCUCCCUCUGCGUCUGGGAAUCAGGACUCCUGAAUUCUGCCGAAUAAUCUUGGAUGGGACUCAUUCCUGCUCCAGAACUUCGUGGCUGACUUCAUGCCCUGCAGGAUCACUUGUUGCUUUCUCCCCACGUAGCUCCCAUUGCCUCUCUCUGGCAUGGUGACUUAUGGAGAGACUGGAGUCUCUGCGAGGGAGAAGAAUAAGAGUUGUAGAGAAGUGAGAAGCAGGCAGCCAGGACCCUUGCCACGGUAGAAUGGAGCGUGGAAUGACUAACCUGGCACCAUUCUAAGGGGAAAGAAGGGUUUAACGAAGUCACAGGAUUGAAGGACCCUGAUGGGCAGGGGCAUGGUGGGUAGUGGUUUUGGAGGGAAAGGAGGAAGCAAAUGGGUAGCGGGGCAGGUGAGCUCCACCUUGGGAUCCAGAGCAGGCGUCUGGGGAGCUUAGGAGGGGAGGGCGUGGGGAUGGUUUUGUAAGAGGGCACGGGGUGGCUCACCUGGGAAGAAGGGAAAUGGGAAGAUGUGGGCGGUCCCGUAACCCAUGCUCCUGAAAGCUCCUAAAGGUCCCUGGAGUAGGGUACGCCCUCCUACGAGGCCCAGGGUCAGCGGGGAGGGAGGAGGCUGGACUUGUGGGCGGGGCCUGCGGAGCCGCCCCGCCCCUGCCUCCGCCUUCCCGCCGCGGUCCCGGGCUCUCCUCGCGCCUGGCUCCCCUCCCUUCUGCGCUCGUGCGGGAGGGCGGAGCUGGGCCCGCUCCAUUGUGGAGAGUAGGGGAGAGGCGCGCGGGAGCCGCACGGAGGCCCCGCCACCAGCGCCCUACCCUCUUGGCCGCCGCGGCUGCACCUGGCGAGCCCCGCAGCCGGGAUGCGGCCGGCGCUCGGGGCUGGCGGGCAGCGCAGCGGCUCCGGGGACAUGUACACUCGCCCAGACCGCCCGCGACCAUGAGCCUGACCGCCCGCGUCUCCUGCUCCAUGCUUAGCUGCUUCGGUGAGGAGGGGCCCCCCAGCCUGGAGUACAUCCAAGCCAAGGAUCUGUUCCCCCCCAAGGAACUAGUGAAGGAGGAGGAGAAUCUUCAGGUCCCCUUCACAGUGCUGCAGGGUGAGGGAGUAGAGUUCCUGGGCCGGGCAGCCGAUGCCCUCAUUGCCAUCUCUAACUACCGGCUGCAUAUCAAAUUCAAGGACUCUGUCAUCAACGUCCCCCUCCGGAUGAUUGACAGUGUGGAGAGCCGUGAUAUGUUCCAGUUGCACAUUUCCUGCAAGGACUCCAAAGUGGUGAGGUGUCACUUCUCCACUUUCAAGCAGUGCCAAGAGUGGCUCUCACGGCUAAGCCGAGCCACAGCAAGACCUGCCAAGCCUGAGGACCUCUUUGCCUUUGCCUAUCAUGCCUGGUGCCUGGGGCUGACUGAGGAGGACCAGCACACUCACCUAUGUCAGCCAGGUGAGCACAUACGUUGUCGGCAGGAGGCGGAGCUUGCAAGGAUGGGCUUUGACCUGCAGAACGUCUGGAGAGUCUCACACAUCAACAGCAACUACAAAUUGUGCCCCAGUUACCCCCAGAAGCUGCUGGUUCCUGUGUGGAUCACUGACAAAGAGCUGGAGAAUGUGGCUUCCUUCCGCUCCUGGAAGCGGAUCCCCGUGGUUGUGUAUAGACACUUGCGCAAUGGGGCUGCCAUUGCCCGCUGCAGCCAGCCAGAGAUCAGCUGGUGGGGCUGGCGCAAUGCUGAUGAUGAGUAUCUGGUCACGUCCAUCGCUAAAGCCUGUGCCCUGGACCCGGGGACAAGGGCCACUGGGGGCUCCCUCAGCACCGGGAAUAAUGAUACCAGCGAGGCGUGUGAUGCAGACUUUGAUUCCUCUCUGACUGCAUGCUCUGGAGUGGAGAGCACAGCAGCCCCCCAGAAGCUGCUGAUCCUGGAUGCGCGAUCCUACACAGCAGCAGUGGCCAACCGGGCCAAGGGUGGAGGCUGUGAAUGCGAAGAGUACUAUCCCAACUGUGAGGUCGUGUUCAUGGGAAUGGCCAACAUCCAUGCCAUCCGGAACAGCUUUCAGUACCUCCGGGCUGUGUGUAGCCAGAUGCCGGAUCCUAGCAACUGGUUGUCGGCAUUGGAGAGUACCAAAUGGCUGCAGCACUUGUCGGUAAUGCUAAAAGCAGCUGUGCUGGUGGCAAAUACAGUAGACCGGGAAGGCCGGCCUGUGCUGGUACACUGCUCUGAUGGCUGGGACCGCACACCGCAGAUCGUAGCCCUGGCCAAAAUAUUACUGGACCCAUAUUACAGGACGUUGGAGGGCUUCCAAGUGUUAGUGGAGUCUGACUGGCUGGAUUUUGGGCACAAGUUUGGAGAUCGCUGUGGCCACCAAGAGAAUGUGGAGGACCAAAACGAACAAUGCCCUGUGUUCCUCCAGUGGCUUGAUUCUGUUCAUCAGUUGCUUAAGCAGUUCCCCUGCCUGUUUGAAUUUAAUGAAGCAUUCCUGGUAAAACUGGUGCAACACACAUACUCCUGCCUCUAUGGCACCUUCCUGGCCAACAACCCCUGUGAGCGAGAGAAGCGCAACAUCUACAAGCGGACCUGCUCUGUGUGGGCGCUCCUUCGAGCUGGCAAUAAAAACUUUCAUAACUUCCUCUACACACCCAGCUCAGACAUGGUCCUGCAUCCUGUUUGUCAUGUCCGGGCCCUGCACCUCUGGACGGCUGUUUAUCUGCCAGCAUCAUCUCCAUGCACACUUGGGGAGGAAAACAUGGAUCUUUACCUUUCCCCAGUGGCCCAGAGCCAGGAGUUCUCUGGCCGCUCUCUGGACAGAUUACCUAAAACCAGAUCCAUGGAUGAUCUUCUUUCUGCCUGUGACACAAGCAGCCCCCUGACUCGUACAUCCAGUGACCCUAACCUGAAUAACCACUGUCAGGAGGUCAGGGUAGGCCUGGAGCCCUGGCACAGCAAUCCUGAGGGAUCAGAGACAACCUUUGUGGACUCUGGGGUAGGAGGUCCUCAGCAGACUGUGGGAGAAGUGGGUCUUCCUCCUCCUCUGCCCAGCAGCCAGAAAGACUACUUGAGCAAUAAACCUUUCAAGAGUCACAAAAACUGUUCUCCAAGUUACAAAUUGCUUAAUACCACAGUGCCUCGGGAAAUGAAGAGCAACACCUCUGAUCCUGAGAUGAAAGUCCUGGAAGAGACUAAGGGACCAGCUCCCAACCCUUCUGCCCAGAAUGAGGUGGGUAGGACUUUAGAUGGCACAGGGGAGCCACCUGAACAUUGUCCUGAAACAGAAGCUGUCAGUGCACUCUCCAAGGUCAUUUCUAACAAGUGUGAUGGAGUUUCUAAUUUUCCUGAGUCUUCCCAGGACUCUCCUACAGGUGCGCCCCAACAGGCCCAGCCAGACUCCAUGCUAGGUGUGCCCUACAAAUGUGUUCUCGAUCACAGCCUCAGCACCCUUUGCAACCCACCAAGUGCUGCCUGCCAAACUCCUCUAGGCCCAAGGGCUGACUUCCUCAACCAAGAUCCCUCAGGGUCUGUGGCAAGUAUCUUCCACCAGGAGCAACCGAGUUCUGUGCCAGAUCUGACUCAUGGGGAGGAAGACAUUGGUAAAAGAGGAAAUAAUAGGAAUGGGCAGUUAUUGGAAAAUCCUCGCUUUGGGAAAAUGCCAUUGGAAUUGGUCCGGAAGCCAAUUUCUCAGAGCCAGAUUAGUGAGUUCUCUUUUCUAGGGUCCAACUGGGACAGCUUCCAAGGGAUGGUGACUUCAUUCCCAAGUGGGGAGGCCACCCCUCGGCGGCUGCUUUCCUAUGGCUGUUGUAGCAAGAGGCCAAACAGUAAGCAGAUGCGGGCCACGGGGCCCUGCUUUGGGGGCCAGUGGGCUCAGAGAGAAGGUAUGAAGUCACCUGUCUGUUCUAGUCAUUCCAAUGGACAUUGUACUGGUCCAGGAGGAAAGAACCGGAUGUGGUUGUCCAGUCACCCAAAGCAAGUCUCUAGCACAAAGCCUGUUGCACUGACCUGUCCUUCUCCAGUGCCUCCUCUCUAUUUGGAUGAUGAUGGACUCCCCUUUCCCACGGAUGUGAUCCAGCAUAGGUUACGGCAAAUCGAAGCAGGGUACAAGCAAGAGGUAGAGCAGCUACGUCGACAGGUGCGUGAGCUUCAGAUGAGGCUGGAUAUCCGUCACUGCUGUGCCCCUCCAGCAGAGCCUCCCAUGGACUAUGAGGAUGAUUUUACAUGUUUGAAGGAGUCAGAUGGCAGCGAUACUGAGGAUUUUGGCUCUGAUCACAGUGAAGACUGCCUUUCAGAAGCAAGCUGGGAACCUGUUGAUAAGAAAGAGACUGAGGUGACUCGCUGGGUUCCAGACCAUAUGGCAUCACACUGCUAUAACUGUGACUGUGAAUUCUGGUUGGCCAAACGAAGACACCAUUGCAGAAAUUGUGGGAAUGUAUUUUGUGCUGGAUGCUGCCACCUGAAGCUGCCCAUUCCUGAUCAGCAACUCUAUGACCCAGUUCUCGUCUGUAACUCCUGUUACGAACACAUUCAAGUCUCUCGUGCCAGGGAACUCAUGAGCCAACAGCUGAAGAAACCCAUUGCUACAGCUUCCAGUUGAAUGCCGGGGAGACGACCUGUCCAGCUUUAGCAGGUUUGAAGGGAGGAUCUGCUUCAGUUGUAGUUUGGAAGGUUCGUUGGUGUGGCUCAUGAAAUCACAGAGCUCAGAGAUACCAUCUUGAGAAAUCCUCCUUGGUAUCAUGAAACUGGAGCAGAGGAAUUGUAAUUUGGCAGGAGGUCCUCUACUGGUGAGACCCUCACCUUGGGGUAAUGGUCCUAACCCAGACCCAGGGUCUGGAAGCUUAAUGUUGAGUUGGUGACUCCAGCCUCUUUCUCCUGGAGGUCACAAGAUGAUGAUUGCAUAGAUGUUACCUGGUGCAAAGUGCCCCAAACAGCAAUAGAAUGGCAUACGUAUAACCAAACUCCAAGUGAUAACCAGACCCAUCUCUCCUCCACCUUGACAAAAGCAGAUUAUAGUAUACAAGAUAGGAAUUCCUGUCCUAUUUGAGAUGAACUAUAUCCUGUACCUCUGUGCUCUGUGUCUGUGCAUGAAGGCUCAGUCUUUAGAGGCACUCCCUCUAGUUGCAUUAGUACUGUCUUUCUGUGGAGUUUGGUUUGAAGACUGGUUCAGCAAGUGGAGGUUUCAAUGUAUUUUUCAGUUGGCUCAUCAGCCAGCGUUGGUGAAUAUUCAGUUUAGGGGGACAGUUCUAGGGAGCGAGCCAUUUUUGGGAGCAGAGGAAAACUCUGCUGAUUGAGUUAUUUUGAGCUGUGAAGGCAGUCGUCUCUGUUACACAGUGGCAGCUCUUGAGUUACGCACUGUGAAGAAUGAGAAGGGAAAAGUAAAAAUUAUCCUUGUGAAACAUCUGCUGAUUGUGCCCUACCCUUUGCGCCUGACUUUUCCUAGUUGUCCUGGUGCUAACACAGGAGCUACACCUUGAUCCUCUCCUGGCAUGAAAAUAAAACAAAGGUUUUCGUUGUUGUUCCAUUGCCCGUUUCCCCCAUGUUGUCUUUCCCUUGGCUGCUGCCUCCUCUGGGUCACAUUGCUUCUUAUCCUGAACACUUGACACCUUGAGGGUAGAAUUUAGCGUUUGGUUUUUACCUCCUAGCAUAUGCUGUUUGGUAUGUGAGGGUUUCAGUACAAAUGCUGCUGUCUAUUUCUGUGCACUUAACAAUGGAACCCAAACAGAAGAGAAUAAAGCCUUGAUACCAAAAUCGGGAGAGAACAUGUGUCCAUUUGGACCAAACGUUGUUGGUUUUUUAAAACUUUUAUUUUGUUUUUUUUUUUUUUUUUUCAUCUUAAUAUGUACCAGUGGCACUUAACCAAAAGAUACAGUGAUAUAGCCAUGUACUGUGGGUGGGACAGAUACAGUCUCCUUGGCCUAUAAUGAAACCACUAGGACUUUAUACAUUUUCCUUAAUUUGUUGACAUAUAAAUGGUAAAUUACAUUUAGGCUUAUCCUGUUUUGAAAUGAUGGUAGUCAUCUUUCUCACUGCUACUUUCAUGUUGCUUUCUAGAAAACAGCAUUUCAUUCCAAAAUAACUAGGAUCUGCAUUUAGAACAAGAAUCAUUAUUUCCCUGACCUUUUCAGUCCUACAGAGAAGCAUCUGUGGUUCUUUUGUACUUGCCAUAGAUGUAACCUAAAAAGUUUUGGCGUAUUUAGGUCAGCCUAGCGGAACUUUUUUUUCAUUUAAAUGGAGCUGAAUAAUGGAUAUUUUGUGUCUGCAAAAUUCCUGAGAUCAUUGAAAAAGUAACAAGCUAUUCCUUGUUUCUGAUACAUAAAAUUAUUUUAAGCAUUUUAUCAAUCAUUAAAAUUUACUGCCAGUUGUGAGUGGCUUUUAAUUAACUUGACUUUCAUUGCACUUCACUCUGCCUGUUUUCAAGGAGAGUAAGAUUGGUAACAUUUGGGGAGACUGUAUCUGUCUACUUAGUGUGGCUGUUUUGAGGGACUGUCCCAUCAGUGAACAAACUGCAUGGCCUUGGAGAGAGACUCUGGGCUCUUGGCUCAGAUGUGUUCAUUAAAUACUCCUUUCAGAGCUGUUGUGGGUGUAAGUGACAUGAUGUGGCCAAAAAUCCAAACUGUGCAGUUGCGUUGUGACAAAAAUGCAAUGUGCUGUAAAAAUUCAAUACAAUUUAAAUAAAAUCUCUAUAUUAGUG